CUGCAGGAAAAGAACUAUCAACCUCCAUGUGCUGAUGGUUUUGGUUGUCAACACAGUUGCUAACAUGUCUCAACAGAUAUCAUUUAAAGAGCUCAUAAAACUUUUUGGCCUGGGAGCCGUAGCUCUCGUGCUGGGGGUCGAGUGCUUCGACUGGCUGGUGCGUCGUCUGAGAUUCCGAGGGCCCCUGAAAGAAGUCCUGUUCUUCCCUUCACCCCAAACCUGUGUUGAGCACCUGUAUAUGCCUAACAGAAGCUACCCCUGCACAUGUCCCCUCCCACACGGCAGGGAGACGUCUUUCUCCAGGCUCCUUGGUCAUCUUCUCUCUGCAUGUACAUCACUGGACCUGUGUGUGUUUUCUUUCUCACAAAUGGAGCUGAGCAGAGCGGUUCUUCACCUGCACCAGCAGGGAGUUACUGUACGAGUUGUUACGGAUAGAGACUACAUGACCAUCACUGGAUCUCAGAUUGGCACCCUCCGCAGGGCAGGUAUCUGCGUGAGGCACGAGAUGAGCACUGCUGUACACAUGCACCACAAAUUUGCAAUAGUUGAUGGCAGGAAGCUGAUCACUGGCUCCCUUAACUGGACCCUAACGGCUGUUCAGAGCAACAAGGAGAACCUCAUCAUAACCGAGGAACCCAUGCUCGUGGGCCCAUAUCGCCAGGAGUUUCAGAAGCUGUGGGACGCCAAUGAUCCGGCCAAUCACGAACAUCGGGCCACAAACGGGCAGCUGAAUUGACCAAUAGGGUCAUGUGGGUGAAAUUAUAACUUGCUAGACAAAGGGCUACUUUUGCUUGUUUUUCAUAAGAUUUACAAGACAUAGUUUGACUCAGUUUACAUUUUAUUUUGUUCAACUGUUUGGGUGUUGAAUACAAUUUUUUUGUUUUAUAUGGUUUGUCCGUCUCUUUUAGGCAAACUUUGUUAAAUUUUUAUGGAUAUGUUUUAUUGAGAUUUUGAAUGAUGCAAUAUUUACUUCAAGUUGUGCCCUAGUCAUAGAUAAACCAUUAGUGAAAAUAAAGCCCAGAUACUAAAAUAAUAAUCAAUGCUUAAAAUAAUCCUAAUAUAUUUUAGUGAGUUUAGUGAACAUCUGUGUGUGUGUGUGUUCUAUAGCCAUGCCUUUGAUUGCUCAAUUCCUUACAAUGCUUUUCCCUUUGUGUUCCUCUCCUGUAACUCAAAUAUUUUAGAUAAGCUUGUUUCUGUAGCACAACAUUAAAAAAGUCUA